AUGCCCGUAGAUUCUUCUCAUAAGACAGCUAGCCCACUUCCACCUCGUAAAAGAGCAAAGACGGAAGAAGAAAAGGAGCAGCGUCGAGUGGAACGUAUCCUACGUAAUAGGAGAGCGGCCCAUGCUUCCAGAGAGAAGAAACGAAGACACGUUGAAUUUCUGGAAAACCACGUCGUCGACCUGGAAUCUGCACUUCAAGAAUCAGCCAAAGCCACUAACAAGUUGAAAGAAAUACAAGAUAUCAUUGUUUCAAGGUUGGAAGCCUUAGGUGGUACCGUCUCAGAUUUGGAUUUAACAGUUCCGGAAGUCGAUUUUCCCAAAUCUUCUGAUUUGGAACCCAUGUCUGAUCUCUCAACUUCUUCGAAAUCGGAGAAAGCAUCUACAUCCACUCGCAGAUCUUUGACUGAGGAUCUGGACGAAGAUGACGUCGCUGAAUAUGACGACGAAGAAGAGGACGAAGAGUUACCCAGGAAAAUGAAAGUCUUAAACGACAAAAACAAGAGCACAUCUAUCAAGCAGGAGAAGUUGAAUGAACUUCCAUCUCCUUUGUCAUCCGAUUUUUCAGACGUAGAUGAAGAAAAGUCAACUCUCACACAUUUAAAGUUGCAACAGCAACAACAACAACCAGUAGACAAUUAUGUUUCUACUCCUUUGAGUCUUCCGGAGGAUUCAGUUGAUUUUAUUAACCCAGGUAACUUAAAAAUAGAGUCCGAUGAGAACUUCUUGUUGAGUUCAAAUACUUUACAAAUAAAACACGAAAAUGACACCGACUACAUUACUACAGCUCCAUCAGGUUCCAUCAAUGAUUUUUUUAAUUCUUAUGACAUUAGCGAGUCGAAUCGGUUGCAUCAUCCAGCAGUGAUGACGGAUUCAUCUUUACACAUUACAGCAGGCUCCAUCGGCUUUUUCUCUUUGAUUGGGGGGGGGGAAAGUUCUGUAGCAGGGAGGCGCAGUUCAGUUGGCACAUAUCAGUUGACAUGCAUAGCGAUCAGGUGA